CAAUAACGUGAUGUCUUCCGCCGUCUGCUCCAUCAGUCCACUGUCAAUUGUCGACUUGGAGAGAUGGAACCGCUGUGCCUCGUGGGUCUGCUGUGUUUGGGCUUUGUAGGCUUAGGUGUCGCCGACGAGCCUGCCCCCGUUCCUGGAGGAGUUUAUCGGUUCGAGGAUGACUGCAAGGAGGAGGCGAAGGGCCUUCUGGAUUCUUCCCUCGCCAAGCUGGCCAGAAAAGAUGGGCCAACAUACAAGACCGUCUCCCUGGCAACCGUCACUCGCGAGCUUGAGGCCGGGAAUCUCUUCACCUACGAGGUGGAGCUGGAGCACGGGGCCGAAAAUAAACAGUGCAUCGUGAGGCUCCUCAACCAGCCCUGGAGGGAAGAGAAAGUCACCAAAAUCCAGGUCAAGUGCGGCGAGGAGGAAGAGGUGGCGCACAACUUCAUCAGCGAGGAAUCCUAUUUCGAACGUUACUGACAUACAGACCGCUUACCGCCUUGUAAAGUGAAUAAAGCGCCCCUAAUUACUCCCCCAA